AAAAUCAGGAAUAACUUUCACGAGUCCUCGGAAUACAGAUUUAACUAGGUAAUCUUUCUCAGGUCCCACACGAUGUCGGAGUGCUCUGAGGCGACCAGAAAUCCCAUCCAAUCCGAUUUCCCGUAUUGUUUUUCGGAGGACGGUCUCCUGCGGCACAGAGAGACCCGCGAGCCCUACCGAUUCCCCUUCAGACUACACGACGCCGGCGACACGGAGCGAGCGCAUCGCAGCCUGUGUCUCUACAUCUCCCGACACGUGCACCACCUCCUAGAGACCCAGUUUCAGCUCAUUAAAGUGUUCCUGGAGGACAGUUUCGUGUUUAUGAGCGCAGGAGCACUGGAGAAUCCCGGGAGUCUCCUGGUUCUGAUCCAGGAUUUGGGAACGGUGAGGAGUGGCGUGUGGAGUUGGAAACUCGCGGCACACGAUGGACUUGAACGAGGAUCUCAGAUCCCGUAUAUACGCUGGGCUUUGCUUGAAUCCUGCGCCGUUCUCCUGAUGAAUCCAAAUGAAGGGUCGCAGACUCACGAGCAACACGUUCGGAUGGUUUGGGAACGCAUGCUUUCACAAAGUUCUCCCGAACACAUUUUUAUAGUCGCGCACGGAUACGGAGGCCUGGCGUUCGUGGAUCUUCUAUGCCGUCAGAUCGAAGAUGUUCAGCGGAAAGUGAAAGCCGUGGCUUUCUUGGAUUCGUCCCACAGCUUCUGGCACCAGCCGUUGGGAAACGCCGGGCGCGACUGGUUGAAAUCCCACUCCAGAUCCUGGAUUCCCAGCAGAAAGCCUCUGAAUCGCUCCGUGGGAUCCCUGAAGGCCGGUUGCACGCAGAUCUCCGCCGGGACUCAGUGUCACGACUCGACGCCCGUCGUUUGCAUGGAGUCCGUGUUUCGCUUCUUCUCCAAGAUGAUAAAACCUAAAGUCCCUCCGACUCCCUUCGAGAUCAUGACCAGGAGCAGGAGCCGUGCCAGCGAGCAGAACAACAACGUCUAG